ACGAAAAUCAAGAAGAAUUCCUCUACUCGGCGAGAAGUAAAAUGUCACAUUUGCCGCUGGAUGCACGGGCCAUUCUGCAGUAUCUAAAUGAUUUGGGCUAUAGGAAUAUAUCAGCCGAGCAACUCCGUGAAUUUCUAAAAGACUUGCGCAAGCUCAUCAAGUAUGAGGAACGUCUGGCGGAGAACGCAAAGGAGGACCAUUUCAGCGGCCUGCAUAAACGCGGCACCGUCAGCUCGCGUGCCAAAUUGAGUGUGGGAGAGAAGGAUAAGGAGAACGCGGCUCCUCCAGCAUGUCCAUGUCCAUCUGCCAAGGAGAAGGAGUCGAAGACUGACCAGGAUGACGACCGGCAGGAGCGUUCCGGUGGCGGGGAGGGAUUUGCGGACCUGGCCAGACUAUUCAAGGAGAAACUCCUGAUGGAUGCAUCUGUGCCGCCCACGGCUAGCAAUGUCUUGGAACCCGGAAAGCGUCGCAGUCGCAGCAAGACCCGUCAGGGAAAGGAACCUCCCCUGUCCAGUGGCGAAUCGGAAGCUGACAAGGACCGUCCCAGGAUGCAACGCCGCCGGCGCAGCAAGUCGCAUCCGCGCAGUGUCAGUCGGGGACGUUCUUUGGCUCGCGGUCGUUGCAAGUCCAAGCACUGCGAUCCAGUGGCAUUGUUCCAGUACUACCAGAAGGAGUGGGCCCACUUCCGCAGCCAGAUUCCCGGCGAGAAUUCUCGCGCAAGUGCUCGUUACGGGGCACACCACAAGCCAAUGGUUCCGAGGAAGUGAGGAUAUAAUUCCAAUGCAGCUUUUCCAUUACAACUACCAUACUUCGAUCAAUUCCGCUGUUCAACUGCAGUCAUUGUUCCCAUUUAUUUAUAUUACUGUCCAUUUUGACUCAUUCUUAUACACAGAAUAUUGAUUAAAAAACUUUGGAAAUCGAAUAAAAUAUAAAUUCUAAAUGUGUUUAAUAAAUACUUAAAAUUUAAAAA